AUGUCCUAUGUCCCCUUUCGAGAUGUGCGAGGAGCCCCCAUGCACCGCAUGCCCUAUAUGCACUCUCCCUAUGAACGCCCAGCCUGGAAUCCACGAUUCUGCAUCAUCUCUGGAAACCAGCUGCUUAUGCUAGACGAGGACGAGAUCCACCCGUUGCUGAUGAGGGAACGGCGAAGCGAACCCUGUCGGACCAAGCUGCUGCGCCGCACGGUCAGCGUCCCUGUGGAGGGGCGGCCCGAGCACGAACACCACGUGAGCCGCUCGCGGAGGAAGAGCGUCCCUGCAGGGAAGCAAUACAGCAUCAACAUGGACGCGCCCCCGGCACCCCCGUUCCGGCCCUCGCAGGGCUUCCUGAGCCGGCGUUUGAAGAGCUCCAUCAAACGGACAAAGAGCCAGCCCAAACUGGACCGGACCAGCAGUUUCCGCCAGAUCCUGCCACGGUUCCGGAGUGCUGACCAUGACAGAGCCCGCCUCAUGCAGAGCUUCAAGGAGUCGCACUCCCACGAGUCCCUGCUGAGCCCCAGCAGCGCAGCUGAGGCCCUGGAGCUCAACCUGGAUGAGGACUCCAUCAUCAAACCCGUGCACAGCAGCAUCCUGGGCCAGGAGUUUUGCUUCGAGGUCACCACUGCGUCCGGCACCAAGUGCUUUGCUUGCCGCUCAGCUGCAGAGCGCGACAAGUGGAUCGAGAACUUGCAGCGAGCCGUGAAACCCAACAAGGAUAACAGCCGGCGGGUGGACAAUGUGCUGAAGCUGUGGAUCAUUGAGGCGCGGGAGCUGCCGCCCAAGAAGCGCUAUUACUGCGAGCUGUGCCUGGACGACAUGCUUUACGCCCGCACCACCAGCAAGAUGCGCACGGACAAUGUCUUCUGGGGCGAGCACUUCGAGUUCAACAACCUGCCAGCCGUGCGCACCAUCCGCCUUCACGUCUACAAGGACACGGACAAGAAGCGCAAGAAGGACAAGAGCAACUACGUGGGCAUGGUCAGCAUCCCCAUCGCCAGCGUCACCGGGCGCCACUUCGCCGAGCAGUGGUACCCACUCAGCCAGCCCAGCACCAGCAAGAGCAAGGCCGGCUGCCCUGCCGUGCGCGUCAAGAGCCGCUUCCAGACCAUGAGCAUCCUACCCAUGGAGCUGUACAAGGAGUUUGCUGAGUACGUGACCAACAACUACCGCAUGCUGUGCGCCGUGCUGGAGCCGGUCCUGAGCGUCAAGAGCAAGGAGGAAGUGGCCUGCGCGCUGGUGCACAUCCUGCAGAGCACUGGCAAAGCCAAGGAUUUCCUCUCGGACAUGGCCAUGACGGAAGUGGAUCGGUUCAUGGACCGGGAGCACCUGAUAUUCCGGGAGAACACCCUGGCCACGAAAGCCAUAGAGGAGUAUCUGAAACUCAUUGGCCAGAAAUACCUCAAGGACGCCAUCGGCGAGUUCAUCCGGGCGCUCUACGAGUCAGAGGAGAACUGCGAGGUCGACCCCAUGAAAUGCUCCUCGUCCACCCUGCCUGACCACCAGGCCAACCUGCGUAUGUGCUGUGAGCUGGCGCUCUGCAAGGUCGUCAAUUCGCACUGCGUGUUCCCGCGGGAGCUAAAGGAGGUGUUUGCCUCGUGGCGGCUGCGCUGUGCUGAGAGGGGCCGCGAGGACAUCGCUGACCGGCUGAUCAGUGCCUCACUCUUCUUGCGCUUCCUGUGCCCGGCGGUCAUGUCGCCCAGCCUCUUUGGGCUCAUGCAGGAGUACCCGGACGAGCAGACGUCCCGCACGCUGACCCUCAUCGCCAAAGUCAUCCAGAACCUGGCCAACUUCAGCAAGUUCGGCAGCAAGGAGGAGUACAUGGCAUUCAUGAACGAGUUCCUGGAGCUGGAGUGGGCCAGCAUGCAGCAGUUCCUCUAUGAGAUCUCAAACCUCGACACCCUGACCAACAGCAGCAGCUUUGAGGGCUACAUCGACCUGGGCCGCGAGCUCUCCACGCUGCAUGCUCUGCUCUGGGAGGUCAUGCCCCAGCUCAGCAAGGAAGCCCUGAUCAAGCUGGGCCCCCUGCCUCGGCUGCUCAACGACAUCAGCGUCGCCCUCAGGAACCCGCACAUUCAGCGGCAGCCAAGUCACCAGGGGGAGCGGCUGCAAACCAAGCCCAUCAUCCUGCGGGGGCCGUCCUCUGACAUGCAGCCCUACAUGAUGCGUGACCUCAACAGCUCCGUCGAUCUGCAGCCCUACAUGGUGCGGGGCCUCAACAGCUCCAUGGACAUGACCCGGUUGCCUUCGCCCACCAAGGAGAAGGGCUCCAAGGACAUGUUCUUUGUGACACGCCCGCCCCUGGCCCGCUCCUCGCCCGCCUACUGCACCAGCAGCUCCGACAUCACUGAACCCGACCAGAAGAUGCUGAGCGUCAACAAGAGCGUCUCGAUGCUGGACCUGCAGGACAGCCGCAUGAACAGCGUCUCCAACCUGCAGAGUGUGGGCGACAUGCUCAACAGCAGCCAGGCCUCCAUCACCGCGGCCAUGGGAUUGCGGCCCAGCCGCCUCUCGCAGGGCAGUGGCUCCAGCAUUGCGGCUGGCCUGCGGCUCAGCCACAUGGGAGUCACCACUGAUGGAGCUGCAGCCCAGCAGCUUAGGGUGCCUCUCUCCUUCCAGAACCCCCUCUUCCACAUGGCCUCAGACGGGCCCUCAGCCGCACCCUCGCACCGGCCGUCUGAGGGCAACCCCGACACCUUUGCCCCCUUCCAUGGCUACAGCAAAAGCGAGGAUCUGUCCGCCAGUAAGCACAUCAUCCACAGCCACAGCUACAGUGACGAGUUCACCCGCCAGGGCUCCGAGUUCACCAAGCGCCAGCUCUCGCUGCAGGAGAACCUGCAGAACAUGCUCUCCCCCCCACAGAUCACCAUCGGGCCCCAGCCCCAGCGAGCCCCACCCCAGCCGCAGCCCCAGGUCCCGCUUCAGCGCGGAAAGUCCCAGCAGCUGACGGUCAGCGCUGCCCAGAAACCCCGGCCCUCCAGCGGCAACCUGCUGCAGUCACCCGAGCCCACCUACGGGCCAGCCCGCGCCCGCCAGCAGUCGGUCACCAAGGAGACGCCCUCUGCACUCAAGCCAACCAUUACCAAGCAGCCAUCGCACACGCCUUCCACGCUGAACCCGGUCAUGCCGGCCUCUGAGCGCACCGUGGCCUGGGUUUCCAACAUGCCACACCUGUCAGCCGACAUCGAGAGCUCCCACAUCGAGCGCGAGGAGUACAAGCUGAAGGAGUACUCCAAAUCCAUGGAUGAGAGCCGGCUGGACCGGGUGAAGGAAUAUGAGGAGGAGAUCCACUCACUGAAGGAGCGGCUGCACAUGUCGAACCGCAAACUGGAGGAGUACGAGCGGCGCCUGAUGUCACAAGAGGAGCAGACCAGCAAGAUCCUGAUGCAGUACCAGCAACGGCUGGAGCAGAGCGAGAAGCGGCUGCGCCAGCAGCAGGUGGAGAAGGACUCGCAGAUCAAGAGCAUCAUUGGCAGGUUGAUGCUGGUGGAGGAGGAGCUGCGCAGGGAUCACUCGGCCGCCCACGACGUCUCCGAACCCCGGAAACGCCUGCUCGACGCUCAGGAGAGGCAGCUUUCCGCCGUGGGUACAGCAAACCCGCGUUUGAGCGGCGCCUUGGCCCAGCCAUGGAACGGGAUCCUGCCCGCCCAGCCACCGCCUCCGCCCCCGCGACUCCAGAUCACGGAAAAUGGAGAGUUCCGCAACACCGCUGCUGAGCACUAGCCACCGCCCCCGCGAGACGCGGCCCGGGGAAGAUGGGGGGCACCCCCAGCCCGCAGCUCGGCGGGAGCAGCAGAGACCCUGGC